GCGGCGGCGGCGGCUCCUCUUUGCAGAGGGGGAAACUCCGAGGGAUAAGAGCAAGAAUAAUGCGGUAGGCAAGGCGGGCUGCUCGCUCCCGGCUCCGGCUCCGGCUCCGGCUCCGGCUCCGGCUCCGGCUCCGGCGGCAGCAGCGGCAGCCCGAGCAGCCCGAGCAGCCCGAGCAGCGGCAGCAGCAGCGGCAGCACCCCCAGCAGCUGACAGCCCCGCCGGCAGGCUCCCUCGCUGACCGCCGACUGUCAAUGGAGCUGGAAAACAUCGUGGCCAACACGGUCUUGCUGAAAGCCAGGGAAGGGGGCGGAGGAAAGCGCAAGGGGAAAAGCAAGAAGUGGAAGGAAAUCCUGAAGUUUCCUCACAUUAGCCAGUGUGAAGACCUCCGAAGGACCAUAGACAGAGAUUACUGCAGUUUAUGUGACAAGCAGCCAAUUGGGAGGCUGCUUUUCCGGCAGUUCUGUGAAACCAGACCUGGGCUGGAGUGUUACAUUCAGUUCCUGGACUCAGUGGCAGAAUAUGAAGUUACUCCAGAUGAAAAACUGGGGGAAAAAGGGAAGGAAAUUAUGACCAAGUACCUCACCCCAAAGUCCCCCGUUUUCGUUGCCCAGGUUGGCCAGGACCUGGUCUCCCAGACGGAGAAGAAGCUCCUGCAGAGGCCCUCCAAGGAACUCUUCUCUGCCUGUGCGCAGUCUGUCCACGACUACCUGAAGGGAGAGCCCUUCCAUGAGUAUCUGGACAGUAUGUAUUUUGAUCGCUUUCUCCAGUGGAAGUGGUUGGAAAGGCAACCGGUAACCAAAAACACUUUCAGGCAGUACCGAGUACUAGGCAAAGGGGGCUUUGGGGAGGUCUGUGCCUGCCAGGUUCGAGCCACGGGAAAAAUGUAUGCCUGCAAACGCUUGGAGAAGAAGAGGAUCAAAAAGAGGAAAGGGGAAUCCAUGGCACUUAAUGAAAAGCAGAUCCUGGAGAAGGUCAACAGCCAGUUUGUGGUCAACCUGGCCUAUGCCUACGAGACCAAGGACGCGCUCUGCUUGGUUCUGACCAUCAUGAACGGGGGUGACCUGAAGUUCCACAUCUACAACAUGGGUAACCCUGGCUUUGACGAGGAGCGAGCCUUGUUUUACGCGGCAGAGAUUCUCUGCGGCUUAGAAGACCUCCACCGGGAGAACACCGUGUACAGAGAUUUGAAACCCGAAAAUAUCCUGCUAGACGAUUAUGGCCACAUUCGGAUCUCAGACCUGGGUCUGGCCGUGAAGAUCCCCGAGGGAGACCUGAUCCGCGGCCGGGUGGGCACGGUCGGCUACAUGGCUCCGGAGGUCCUGAACAACCAGAGAUACGGCCUGAGCCCUGACUACUGGGGUCUGGGCUGCCUCAUCUAUGAGAUGAUCGAGGGGCAGUCACCAUUCCGGGGCCGCAAAGAGAAGGUGAAGCGGGAAGAAGUGGACCGCCGGGUCCUGGAGACAGAGGAGACCUACUCCCAGAAGUUCUCUGAGGAGGCCAAGUCCAUCUGCAAAAUGCUGCUCACCAAAGAUGCAAAGCAGAGACUGGGCUGCCGGGCGGAGGGGGCUGCGGAGGUCAAGAGACACCCCUUCUUCAGGAACAUGAAUUUCAAGCGCUUGGAAGCCGGGAUGUUGGACCCUCCCUUCAUUCCAGACCCCCGCGCCGUGUACUGCAAGGACGUGCUGGACAUCGAGCAGUUCUCCACCGUGAAAGGCGUCAACCUGGACCACACGGACGAUGACUUCUAUUCCAAGUUCUCCACGGGCUCCGUGCCCAUCCCGUGGCAGAGCGAGAUGAUAGAAACCGAGUGCUUUAAGGAGCUGAACGUGUUUGGACCUAACGGUACCCUCUCACCGGACCUGAACAGAAGUCACCCUCCAGAACCGCCAAAGAAAGGGCUGCUCCAGAGAAUCUUCAAGCGUCAGGUGAGGGACGCCCCCUCCGUGCCCGGCUGUCCCGGCGUCGGCCCCGGGAUGCCCCGGGCCCAGCAUCAAAACAAUUCCAAGAGUUCACCCAAUCCCAAGACCAGUUUUAACCACCACAUAAAUUCAAACCAUGUCAGUUCAAACUCCACCGGGAGCAGCUAGUUGGAGCUCUGGCCUUAAGUCCACAGUGGGACCAGCCCAGCCCCUUGUCCGUCGAGGCAGAACUUGUGGACGGGGGAGCCCUCCAGAGGAGCCGGGGAAGGAGGCCGUCCGCCCCCUCAACGCAGAGCCUCCAGGUUUCUCAAAGAGAUUUCCACUCAGGUCUGUCUCCAGAGGUGGCCCUCAAGCCGACGUGGAACAUUGCAAUAGAAAUCCAGUUGGAUACGACAACUUGCACGUACUUUAAUAGCGUCAUACCUAGAACUGAAUUUUGUCUUUAUUAUUUUUAAGGAAAAGUUUUGUAAAUUUCUCUAUUGUCUCAGUUUACAUUUUGUAUAUUUGUAUUUAAAUGAAAGUCAGACUUUGAGGGUGUAUAUUUUCUGCGCAGCCGCUGUCAAGUCAUGUGUUUUCAGACAUUUUAGAGUGGGUGGGGGGGGGUGUUACCAAAAAAAAAAAAAUGUGACUCAAGACUUCCAGAGCCUCAAAUGAGAAAAUGUUUUUAUUAAAUGUAGAAAAUGAUUCACAUUUCACCUUUAAAGGA